UCAAUUUUCAAUGGUUUCCUCAACUGUCUUGAGAGAUUCUGGAAUACCGUUUAUAAUCUGCGGAUAUUUGUUCCGUGCUUUUCAGUUUGAAUUGAAACAAGGUAAGGAUAAUGGAUGUGUAAAUCAGAAAGACGUGGUGGCUCUGAUUCUUCAUGAACGUUUAGAUGAUGUUGCUGAAAAACACUGAACAGAUAUUCAAAAAGGAAUUAUUUGGGCUCCUGAAUAGAAACUAAUAGCCACAUACAAAGAAGCUGUUUUUGUAAAACAAUGAGAUGCCGUUUGAGUUCGAACAAGAUCAAACCAAAGGAAUGAGAUGGGGACGAAUCCACAAGCUUUUGAAUCGUACCCAGAACCAGAUGAUGUCAAUAAGGGGCUUGAAAGUAUAACUGAAAUUGAGCAAACCCAUUUGAAGAUUCGUGGAGGGGAAGUUUUCAUCGAUGAAGAAGACCUGGAGGAUUCUGUGCUGAGUAUCUGCCCGAAGAGAAAACAAUCCAGACGUCGUUUGGAUUCCAGAAGUCGUUUGAAUUCCAGAAGUCGUUUGGAUUCCAGAAGUCGUUUGGAUUCCAGAAGUCCCUCGGAUUCCAGAAGUCCUUCGGAUUCCAGAAUGUCGUGUCGUCAUUGUACAGAGGAACCAUGCUCCUGCACUGUUAGCAAACUCCAACACGCCUUGGAAUUGCUCCAGGAGAAAUACAAGUUUGUCAAUAUGCAGAAUAGAGCGUUGUGGGUUGAACUGCUGUCUCUAAGAGUCUGGAAGACUCACCAUAGUUCAUAUCGAAAGUUACUUAGAUGCAAGAGCUCCUUCUUUCCAUCGUCGCCCUCAUGCUUCCUCUCCCCCCAUCCUGUAACCUUCCAGCAGCAGCAGCAGCCCUCUGAUGUCCCCGUCAGCCCUCCACACCCUGGGCAUCUCAGUGAGGAUAGCAUGGAGUUGUCUCUACUUACCAGGCUGGUGCGUACCAAACCGGUCUGGUUUCUACCCAACACACAACGCAGUGCUGCUAUACACUACCUACAGGGACAACCAGUUGGGAGCUUUAUCGUGUGCAGAGCGAGGGAUAAAGACAACUUGGUACUGACAAUGAAACACCCAGGGAAAGGAACCGGAUUGUACAUUGAGAAGUUGCCAAUCAUCAUCACUGAAAAUGGUGUGAAGUUGUCCAAUGCAUCUGAAGAGUACGCCAACAUUGAAGAUCUCAUUCUCCAUCACCUGUACCAUGAGGGCGCUCUACCAUGCAAACUGGCACUUCCUUCGGAAAUAAUGGCUGCACGAAACAUUCGGGCAUUGCAGUCACUGGCAGUGUUUGAAGAAGAAUUCUGGGUGAGAAUUACGCAGUGCAGACAAGGCAUAUCCGACAAAGGACAAAAGGAAACGCCCAUCGAAUCUCCCAGAGAAUGGUCAAAAUUUCCCGUAACACCACCAGCUAAAAACCCUCUCCAGUGGAGCCUUUCCGAGGGCAGAAUGGCACCCAAGCUUUUACCUCCAAGAGGAUAUGUCUUCAUGAAUAAACAGCCUGGGCCUCAGACUACAGCUACAGAACAACCAUUCCCUGCUUCAAAGACUGUAACUACUGAGCCAGAAAGCCCGUAUAUGUCAAUGAGAAACCGCAAUACUGAAAGUAUCGCUCUGGAGAAUCGACGCCUGUUGAAAAGUUGGAGUUUUGACGAGACCAACAGUCCUUUUGUUACCGAUAUCAUGUCGUCAUCCCAAACCAUGGCGAGGGACCCAAAGAGAAAGAGUACAGAUGCCACCUUGCUGGCAGCCUUUGAGCGACAGCCGAUGCGUUGGAGCACGCAGAGCCAGAAGGAAUACCUCGUAACAAACUCGGGUCAUUACCCUCCACCCCAGCAUAGUCCUCCACCUCCACCCAAAGAAUCUUUAGCGGGUGUUUACACAGCUGCAUCCGUUGCAGCAUCUUCUUUACAGAGUCAAGUCCAACGAGCCUCAGGCGAGUAUUACAAACCAUUUGAGAGAACGAAACAGGGACAUCAACCGCCUUCUGCGUUUGGGUUUGACAAGGUCUACCAGAGUCCAGCGCCAGCGCCUCCACUGCCGCCAAAACAAUCCAUGUCCAGCCCGCAGCAAGGAGGAUCUGAUAAAUACCACAGCAGGGGCUCAAUGCUUCCCACGGCGCAACAUUCAUCCCAAUAUGCCCAACCAAAGCCACAAGGUUCUGGGGGUAACUAUACUUUGUCUCAAGCCGAUUUAUUUUCCCUUGAAAGGACUCCAGCAGAGACGACAGAGCGGCUUGCGGACCUGUCCAUGUUUGGUUCCAUUGAAAACAAACAUUACUUGGGACCUAUCUUACGACCAUCAUUUCCAAAGCCUCCUGUAACUCCUGGCAAACUAAAGCCCGUAAGUACCAUGUUUGAAUUUGAUCCAUUGCUCUUAUCGGAGAAACAAGCAUCGACUCCUCUAUCGCAAGAUGUCUUCAGUACCCCACCCCGGAACCCUUUAGAAUCCUCCGCUGUAUUACCUCAACCAGACGUCUCUAAAUCUCCUCCGCCGUGUGAUGUCACAGUCGGGGUGCUUCUGAGAUUGACGUUGGAGAGCAGCGGAGAUGAGCUGACUGAAGAGUUCGGACUAUUAGAUCAGAGUCGGCAGUCUAUGGAUGGAGGUACAGAAGACGGAUCCGAUGAAAGCAGCAAUGAAGAUUCAGAACAAACCCAUGAUGAGGAAGAGGAGGAGGAGACGGCGAGAGGAGAGCAAGGGUUCUCAACGGCCGAAACCCAGAGUAGUGCAGCUCAUGCCCAGCUUCGGGAUCAGCCUCAAGAUGGUAAAACGACAGCAUCAUCAAAUGAUGGUGAGAGCCAAGGAGAGCAAAACAUUAAUCGGUUGUCUGGAGUCACUGCAUCGCAGAAGAAGAAGAUCAAGAAGAAGAAAAAAAAGAAGAAGUUGAGCAACUUCAGCAGGAUCCAGAAAUAUGCAUCCGUGUUGACGAGGGGUAAGACGAAAAAGAAGAAAGGAGACCCAACUAGUGAGAUUCAGGCAGCAAUACACAGACUUGUGAGUAACAAGAGCAGCUAUUUCAGUUUGAUGAUUGAAUGCUUCGUUCAGAACAUCAAGGAGAAAGACUCCAGGGAUAAGCCAGACGUCUUGGUCCGCAAUAUCCGUCAGUUCAUGAGUGGAAUGAAGAACUACCUGUUCAACCGCCGAGAGCCUGAUGUGGAUGAAGCUAUGGAUAAGUACUACAACCUGACCAUGGCUGAACUGGAUGCCAUCGUAGAGGGCGCUAUACAUCAUUACAUCUUACUACCCCUCAAGGCCGAGAUCUAUAAGUGUUUCAUCUCGGAUCAUAAGGAGUCUGGUUCCCUGGAAGAACUGGAUCACAAUAUACAACUGGCUAGGGCCAAGACGCCAGAAGAAUUGGGAAUAAAGGCCAACUACAUUCCGCCAGAGAGUGGUACACUAGAGAAGUUCCGUCAAUAUUUUCGCCUUAUGGAGGAGGCCUACUCACCAAUCAAGAAAUUGGAGCAUCUUUUGGAUAUAGUGAGAACCAUCUAUGAGACGGUGAAAGAUAAGAAUUCCAGUCGAGAGGAGUCAGUUCAGUCCAUGGGAGCUGAUGAUUUCUUGCCGAUGUUCAUCUAUGUGCUGGUUCAAUGCGAGGCUGUGAAUAUCGAAGUUGAGGCUGACUACAUGUGGGGUACCUUGGAGCCCUCAAUGCUGUCUGGAGAGGGAGGGUAUUACCUCACUACCCUCAGCAGUGCAAUUUGCGUUUUGAAGCAGUUCGAGUCUGAGAAUAAUUUUACCGAGACGAAGGGAUUCCUUUCCAUUAUGGUUGCUGCUAGUGGCAAGAAUGACAAUCAUAUUGUCCAUAAGGCACUCCCUGUCUUACCGGGAAUGAAUGCAGUGGAUGUCUGUCGGAUUCUAGCCCAUAAGAUGAAAAUUGAUAAUGCACAUCAGUACCAACUCUACUUGCUCUCAGGAGACCAAGAGAUGCCAAUAGGUGACAGUGACUGCCCGCUGCAGAUGAAGGAAGAGAUCGAAGCGAACCAGAAGAGGGCGUGUUUCUUUGGGUACAAGAUAGAAAACCAAACCAUCAAGUGGUUCACGUAGUAUUUGGAGUUAUGAGCUACGACAGACUGUAUG